CCAGUGCGCAGGACCACAGCCCCCUCCUCACGCCCUCUCCACACGAGGCAUCCGUCGCUGUGUGUUUGCGUCAUCGCGCCACGCCACCACUAGAGCCCGAGUGAAGAUGGCGGCAGCCGUUCUUAGUGGGCCCUCUACGGGCUCCGCGGCUGGGGUUCCUGGCGGAACUGGGGGUCUCUCGGCGAUGGGCUCGGGUCCGCGACUCCGCCUGCUGCUGCUGGAGAGCGUGUCCGGGUUGCUACAGCCGCGAACGGGGUCCACUGUUCCUUCGGUGCAUCCCCCAGUCCGUCCGGUCCCACAUUUGCCCGGGCUCAUGUGCUUGUUGCAGCUGCAUGGGACGGUGGGCGGGGCCCAGAACCUUUCGGCUCUUGGGGCAUUGGUGGGUCUCAGUAAUGCACGUCUUGGAUCUAUCAAAACUCGGUUUGAGGGCUUGUGUCUGCUGUCCCUGCUGGUAGGGGAGAGCCCCACAGAGAUGUUCCAGCAGCAUUGUGUCUCUUGGCUCCGGAGCAUUCAGCAGGUCUUGCAGUCCCAGGACCCCGCCCCCACAAUGGAGUUGGCUGUGGCCAUUCUGAAGGAUCUGCUUCGAUAUGCAGCCCAACUUCCUACACUCUUCCGGGACAUCUCCAUGAACCACCUCCCUGGCCUUCUUACUUCCCUGCUGGGCCUCAGACCAGAGUGUGAGCUUUCGGCACUGGAGGGAAUGAAGGCAUGUAUGAUCUAUUUUCCUCGGGCUUGUGGCUCUCUUAAAGGCAAGUUGGCCUCCUUUUUCCUGUCUCGGGUGGAGGCCUUGAGCCCUCAUCUCCAGCAGUUGGCCUGCGAAUGUUACUCCAGGCUGCCCUCCUUAGGGGCUGGCUUUUCCCAGGGCCUGAAGCACACGGAGAGCUGGGAGCAGGAGCUGCACUGCCUGCUGGCCUCACUGCACAGCCUGCUGGGCACCCUGUACGAAGGAGUGGAGACGGCUCCUGUGCAGUAUGAGGGGCCGGGAGUGGAGAUGCUGCUGUCCUCCUCAGAAGAUGGUGAUGCUCACGCUCUUCUCCGCCUUCGGCAGAGGUUUUCUGGACUGGCCCGCUGCCUGGGCCUUAUGCUCAGCUCUGAGUUUGGGGCCCCCGUAUCUGUCCCUGUGCAAGAAAUCCUGGACCUCAUCUGCCGGACCCUCAGCGUCAGUGGCAAGAAUAUCAGCUUGCUUGGAGAUGGUCCACUACGGUUGCUGCUGCUGCCCUCGAUCCACCUUGAAGCCUUGGACCUGCUGUCUGCCCUCAUCCUCGCGUGUGGAAGCCGGCUCUUGCGCUUCGGGGGCCUGAUCAGCCGUCUGCUCCCCCAGGUCCUCAAUGCCUGGAGCAUGGGUAGGGAUAUCCUCUCGCCAGGCCAGGAAAGACCUUACAGCACUGUGCGGGCCAAGGUGUAUGCUGUCCUGGAGCUGUGGGUGAAGGUGUGUGGAGCCUCGGCAGGAGUGCUCCAGGGAGGAGCUUCGGCAGAGGCCCUGCUCACCCACCUGCUCAGUGACAUCUCCCCCCCAGCCGAUGCCCUCAAGCUGCGCAGCCCCCGGGGGAGUCCUGAUGGGGGUUUACAAACUGGAAAGCCCAGUGCCCCCAAGAAGCUGAAGCUGGAUGUGGGGGAGGCGGCGGCCCCGCCUAGCCACCGGAAAGGGGAUAGCAAUGCCAACAGCGAUGUGUGUGCAGCUGCGCUGAGAGGCCUUAGCCGGUCCAUCCUCAUGUGUGGGCCUCUCAUCAAGGAGGAGACUCACAAGAGACUGCAUGAUCUGGUCCUGCCCUUGGUCAUGGGUAUCCAGCAGGGUGAGGUCCUAGGCAGCUCCCCAUAUACCAGCUCCCGCUGCCGCCGUGAACUCUACCACCUGCUGCUGGCACUGCUGUUGGCGCCUUCUCCUCGAUGCCCACCUCCUCUGGCCUGUGCCCUGCAGGCCUUCUCCCUUGGCCAGCGAGAAGAUAGCCUUGAGGUCUCCUCUUUCUGCUCAGAAGCACUGGUGACUUGUGCUGCUCUGACCCACCCCCGGGUUCCUCCCCUGCAGUCCGUGGGCACCCCCUGCCCCACACCUGCCCCAGUUCCCCCUCUCGAGUCCCCAUCUCCGUUCAGGGCCCCACCCUUCCAUCCCCCAGGCCCCAUGCCCUCGGUAGGCCCCAUGCCCUCAGCAGGCCCCAUGCCCUCAGCAGCCCCAGUGCCCUCAGCACGCCCUGGACCUCCAGCCACAGCCAACCACCUAGGCCUCUCUGCCCCAGGCCUGGUGUCUGUGCCACCUCGGCUCUUAUCUGGCCCUGAGAACCACCGGGCAGGCUCCAAUGAGGACCCGGUCCUUGCCCCUAGUGGCAGUCCUCCUCCUUCUAUACCCCCUGAUGAGACAUUUGGUGGGAGAGUGCCCAGACCAGCCUUUGUUCACUAUGAUAAGGAGGAGGCGUCCGAUGUGGAGAUCUCCUUAGAGAGUGACUCUGAUGACAGCGUGGUGAUUGUGCCUGAGGGGCUGCCGCCCCUGCCGCCCCCGCCCCCAUCAGGCAGCACACCUCCCCCUGUGGCCCCAGCUGGGCCACCAGCGGCCUCCCCUCCUGUGCCAGCCAAGGAGGAGCCUGAAGAGCUUCCUGCAGCCCCAGGGCCCCUUCCACCACCGCCACCCCUUCCUGUUCCUGGUCCGGUGACACUCCCACCACCCCAGUUGGUCCCUGAAGGAACUCCUGGUGGGGGAGGACCCCCAGCCCUGGAAGAAGAUUUGACAGUCAUUAAUAUCAAUAGCAGUGAUGAGGAGGAGGAGGAUGAAGAGGAGGAAGAGGAGGAGGAAGAGGAAGAGGAUGAAGAUUUUGAGGAAGAAGAAGAGGAUGAGGAAGAGUAUUUUGAAGAGGAAGAAGAGGAAGAAGAGUUCGAGGAAGAAUUUGAGGAGGAGGAAGGUGAAUUAGAGGAAGAAGAAGACGAGGAGGACGAGGAGGAGGAGGAAGAGUUGGAAGAGGUAGAAGAACUGGAGUUGGGCUCAGCAGGAGGGGAGGUGGAGGAAGGUGGGCCCGCACCCCCGACCCUGCCUCCAGCUCUGCCCCCCUCCGAAUCCCCCAAGGCACCGCCUGAGCCAGAACCAGAACCUGGGCUGCUGUUGGAAGUGGAGGAGCCGGGGGCAGAGGAGGAGCAUGGGGAUGAGAUGGCCCCCACACUUGUCCCUGAGGUACUCCCCUCCCAGGGGGAGGUGGAAAGGAAGGGGGGAAGCCCCCCAGCAGGGCCUCCUCCACAAGAGCUUGUUGAAGAAGAGCCCCCUGCCCCCCCAACCCUGCUGGAAGAGGAGACUGAGGAUGGGGGUGACAAGGUACCACCCCCACCAGAGGCAUCCGCCGAAGAAGAGAUGGACACAGAGACAGAGGCAGCAGCUCUCCAGGAAAAGGAGCAGGAUGACACAGCUGCCAUGCUGGCCGACUUCAUUGAUUGUCCCCCUGAUGACGAGAAGCCACCAGCUGCCACAGAGCCUGAUUCUUAGCCCUCUCCUGCACCCCCAACCCAUUUCCAAUAAAGUUAUGUCCUUAGAUA